AUGGUCGGCAGAGUUCAACCUGAUCGGAAACAGUUUCCACUGGUCCUACUGAGAUUGCUCUGCCUUCUUCCCACAGGACUGCCUGUUCGCAGCGUGGAUUUUAACCGAGGCACGGACAACAUCACCGUGAGGCAGGGGGACACGGCCAUCCUCAGGUGUGUUGUAGAUGAUAAGAACUCGAAGGUGGCUUGGUUGAACCGUUCUGGCAUCAUUUUCGCUGGACAUGACAAGUGGUCUCUGGACCCCCGGGUUGAGCUGGAAAAGCGCCAUUCUCUGGAAUACAGCCUCCGAAUCCAGAAGGUGGAUGUCUAUGAUGAGGGUUCCUAUACUUGCUCAGUUCAGACACAGCAUGAGCCCAAGACCUCCCAAGUUUACUUGAUCGUGCAAGUUCCACCAAAGAUCUCCAACAUUUCCUCGGAUGUCACUGUGAAUGAGGGCAGUAAUGUGACACUGGUCUGCAUGGCAAAUGGCCGUCCUGAACCUGUUAUCACCUGGAGACACCUUACACCAACUGGAAGAGAAUUUGAAGGAGAAGAAGAAUAUCUGGAGAUCCUUGGCAUCACCAGGGAGCAGUCAGGCAAAUAUGAGUGCAAAGCUGCCAAUGAGGUCUCCUCAGCGGAUGUCAAACAAGUCAAGGUCACUGUGAAUUAUCCUCCCACUAUCACAGAAUCCAAGAGCAAUGAAGCCACCACAGGGCGACAAGCUUCACUCAAGUGUGAGGCCUCUGCAGUGCCUGCACCUGACUUUGAGUGGUACCGGGAUGACACCAGGAUAAACAGUGCCAAUGGUCUCGAGAUUAAAAGCACAGAGGGCCAGUCCUCCCUGACGGUGACCAAUGUCACUGAGGAACACUAUGGCAACUAUACCUGCGUGGCUGCCAACAAGCUGGGGGUCACCAAUGCCAGCCUAGUCCUUUUCAAGCGUGUUUUACCCACAAUUCCCCACCCUAUUCAAGAAAUUGGCACCACCGUGCACUUCAAGCAAAAAGGACCUGGGUCGGUGAGAGGAAUCAACGGAUCCAUCAGUCUGGCCGUACCACUGUGGCUGCUGGCAGCAUCUCUGCUCUGCCUUCUCAGCAAAUGUUAAUAGAAUACAAAUUUAAAAAUAAUAAUAAUAAUAAAACCACACAAAAAUGUGUCACACAGGAUACAAAAGAGAGAGAGUGUGCAAGAUUGGGGGAAACAGUUGAUUUCACAACUUUGUGUGUUUAUAAGUGAAGGGGGAAAUAAAAAUUGACCAAGAAAAUACAUUUUAGAAAAAAAAUUAAGUCCAUCAAAAAAAAAAAUUGAGGAUAAUUCAGGGUGGGAAAAGUUCUAAUAGGAUAUGUGUAUAUCUACGCGAAUGUAUGCUGUGUAAAACUACAUCAUGCUAAGGACAUCGGGGUGUUAUAAGAAUGUAGCAAGUAAAAAAGUACCAGAUGGAUAUUAACCACCACUACCACCCUAUCCUUCCUUCCUUCAUCCUUUUUCAUCUGUAGAGGAGGGAGAAGAAAACGGUCUUGCCUUUGGUGUUUAUAUUUCCAUAAUCUUUUAAUUCUGUUUUUCAUUUGAGUCAUUUGAGACUAUCAAUGGAAUCCAAGCUAGAGUCCUGUGUGGAGCCUUUAUCUG